GUUUGUGUCUGUUUGGGUUUCUUCAGCGGUUGUGUGGUCAGAUCUCCCAGACUCGUGUUUCUGCUCUCUGUCAUGCUUUAUUCUGCACACUGACUGCUCUCCGAUGUGUUUGCUAUGGAGUCUCCAGCGCUGGAUGAUGAUAUCUGUAUCCUGAAGCAUGAGACGGCGUACGUCUCGCCCGAGAGCCCCGUGUCCGCGUGCGCCGGAGACGAGUCGGUGGCGUCUCACUUCGCUCUGGUCACCGCCUACGAGGACAUCAAGAAGAGACUCCGAGACACGGAGAAGGAGAACGGCCUGCUGCGCCGGAGAGUCAAGCAGCUGGAGGACAAGGUCUUACUCUCAAGCUUUGUGAGCAAGUCUAGCACAAACUCACAUCACAGGGCUUCAAACCAGACAGACGUGAAGUGUAGACACUGCAGGCGGAAACACUGGUUUUUCAUGCACCUGUUAAAUAUAAUGCUUUUUGUGAUGAAGAGUCUGACUGAUACGGCAGAUUACUGGCAGGUGGACAAACGCAGCAGUGAAAUGAAGAUCCACUCUCUGCAGGAGCAGCUGGACCGCUUACAGAUAGAGAAUGACGCGCUGCACAAGCUCUGCAGGGCCGGACAGGAUGUCUCUGAAAACUGUGUAGUUGAUGAUGAUCAGUCUCUUGAAGCUCUGACAGACUUCAGGACGAUGGCCAUCGUUCAGUCGUAUCGGGACGUCCUCAGUGAAGUGUCCCAUUUGCAGUCAGUCGUUCAGUCACAGUCAGAGCUGGUGAAGAAGAUGAGAGAGAGACCAGCGCCGCCUGUCUUCAGAAGAGCUGCUUCAACUGUUCCAGUGCAGUGCCUGGACGACGUGCAGAAGAGCAGCGUCCCUCGUCCUCCCAGCGCGCCUCCGCUGCCCUCGACUCCAGACGGCCUGCAGGAGAACUGCCUGAAGGACCCUUGGGCCGUCCCUCGUCCGGCUCCGCUGGGCAGCCCCGGCGUGCGGCUCAAUCCCACUCUGCGCAUGAGCUCGCUGGACGACAGCUCCUGGUCCUUCCCCAGCACUCCCCGUCCAAGCGACGCCCUGUUCUGGGACCAAACCAAGCCCAAGAGCCCCGCCGGCGACUGGGCCCAACCGCACUGAGUCACGCUCCCGCCACGCCACACCUUACCUGCCUUAACACACACGUCCCUGUCUGGAUGAUCCCGGAUGAGCAAAUACCUCGAGCAGACUGGGACGGAGAAACCCACACGGGACACCAAACACCCGAGAGCCGGACGCUGGAAUGGACACGUUCCUGACGUAUAUUUGUGAUUCAUUAUAUCCUAUAGGCUUGUGUUCAUCUCGAGUCGAUUCUAUUAACCGUGACGGAUCCUGUCUCGUAUUAUGAACGUGUAAGGGGAAUGUUUUAGUAGUUCACGCACUCCUCGAAGGAUUUUUCUUUAGAAACACAUCUGUCAUGUUUUUAUACCCAUACAGCUGUUCAAACCCCAAAUCAGGGGAAACAAAGUUUUAGUGUUUAGAUUUAGUCAAUAAAUGAGCUGAUCUGUGGGCAGCGGGUUUGUUUGUGCAAGUUAUUUUGCUUUAAACGGGGUCUCGCAGUCAACCUGAAAAUUUGCAUAUUAAAAAGUCUUUCUAUAGUAAAUGAUCGACUUUUUUUAGGGGCAGAGAACUUACUGUAUCCGUUAGUUUUCUUCCUCUGCUCUUGAGUCUAUGGCAGCCCACAGAACCGCUUGCGAGAAAGGGAUGAAAUUUGGCACACAGAUAGAAGACAGUCUCAACAUUAACCAUAGCAAAUUUGGAGUCUCAAACCCUAUAGCGUCACCAACAGCUCAAAUUUGCACUCAUGUUUAUGCUAAUAACUUUUGAACCGUAAAGUCUAGCAAAAGCAAAAUUCUUUUCAAAAUUUCUCUAAAAAAUUCAGAAUUCCUUUAACAAACAAAAUUACUCGGCUCAUGCUGAUUCGAUGGCACCCUAUGAUGUCAUUUUCCAUCAUGAAAAUUUUCCUGCCAUUUUGAAUUUUUCGAAAAACUUGCUUCUUUUUGAAUUGCUCCUAGGCUGUUGCUCCAAUUUUCAGGAAAUUUGACUCGGAUCAUCUUCAGACCAUGCCGACAAAAAGUUAUGGAAUUCAAGUUGAUUAGUCAAACUUUUCUUGAAUAACGCGCAAACAAAUUUGUCAAAGAGCAUGCCAAAAUGGAAGUGAGGCUUUAUCUCUGCAACGCUUUAGCGUAUUGAGAUCAAACAUGGUGUGUGUUAUAACAACCAUGACUUGAGAAUACCUGUACAGUUUCGGCACAGCGCCACCUAGUGGUCAGGAGAUAUGACAAAUGGUUAUUUUUGAACAAUUUGUCCAAAAAUCACAAAACUGUUCAUUUUCAAUUUGGUAAUGACAAACUGAGUCAAAUGAUACACCACAUUAGCUAUUUUGGGAGUUGGCCAUUUUUAAUUUAGUCAGUUUUGUCGUAAAAUCACAAAACUUGGUAUGCAUCUUUGACACCACACCCUGAAGAUACUCAAAAAGUUUUGGGGCAGUGCCACUUUGUGGUAAAAAAUCUGAAUUAAAUUUUUAAAAAUGCUAAUAGCCAAACUCCUCCUGGACCAUUGGUCCGAUUUUUACCAAAUUUGACUCAGAUCAUCUUCAGACCAUGCCGACAAAAAGUUAUGAAUUUUGUGUCGAUAGACAAAACGGUUUUUGUUUAACGCAUCAACAAAUUUGAUGACAGCAAACACGCUGCCAUACUGCAUCUGAGGCUGUAUCUCUGCAAAGCUUUGACAUAUUGACACCAAACUGUAUGUGUGUAUUU